UUCCCCUUUUGUUUUCUGUCUCUGUUUCUGUUUUUCUCCUCCUCUCUCUCUCAGUUUCAGUUUCAGUCUCAAUCUACUGCUGCUGCGGCUUUAGCGUCUUCUCAACCAACUCUCUCUCACUCGAUAGAUACAAGUAAGGAAAGGCGAGGGAGGAGCAAUGGAAGAAAGCUGUGGAGCAAAUGGAUUUAUCAGGAACAGGCGGUUCGGAAGCUACUUGGACGCUCCGACGAUGCUGAAAACGUCGCCGAUCACGGCACACAAUCAGAAAACAGAGGAAGAGGAGGAGGAGGCAUGGCUGUCGGUACUGAUUUCGUGGGUGAGAAUCGUGGUGUGCUUUGUGUCAAUGAUGGUGACGACGUUUGUGUGGGCAAUAAUCAUGCUGCUGCUGCUGCCAUGGCCGUACCAGAGAAUCCGCCAGGGCAACAUCUACGGCCACGUCACGGGCAGAAUGCUGAUGUGGAUUUUAGGGAAUCCCAUUCGGAUCGAAGGCGCCGAAUACUCCAAAAACAGAGCCAUUUACAUAAGCAACCACGCGUCUCCCAUCGAUAUCUUCCUCAUAAUGUGGCUGACGCCGCCGGGAACUGUUGGCAUUGCGAAGAAAGAGAUCAUAUUUUAUCCACUCUUUGGGCAAUUGUAUGUAUUAGCCAACCAUCUUCGAAUCGAUCGGUCCAAUCCAACUGCAGCCAUCGAGUCUAUGAAAGCGGUUGCCGGUGCAGUUGUCGAGAACAAUCUGUCGCUGAUCCUGUUUCCUGAAGGCACGCGCUCGAAGGAUGGUCGAUUACUACCUUUUAAGAAAGGCUUCGUGCACUUGGCAUUGCAAACACAUUUGCCUAUAGUUCCGAUCGUUCUGAGGGGAACCCACCGGGCCUGGAGAAAGGGCAGCUUGCACGUGAGGCCAACGCCUAUAACCGUGAAGUAUCUCCCCCCGAUUAGCACUGAUGAUUGGACUGCCGAGAAAGUCGAGGACUAUGUAAAACUUGUACAUGGUGUGUAUUUGAAGCAUCUGCCUGAAUCUCAGAGACCUACGUCGGCGGCAUUGUCGUGAAGAAGAAGCAUGACUAUGACUUGGUAGGGAUGGGUUUAAGGUAGCUUGGCUGCUUCAACCAUGUGCAAUUUCUUGUACCAUUUGAGGAGAUGAAGUAGAAGUUACUUAUUUAUGGUGUGAUCAUUGUUACAUAAGUCCACUGCAAAAAAUGCGUAUCCUACAAUUCUUUUUUUAAAAUAAGCCGAAUGCGUAUCAAAUCUCCGACUUCUCCAAAUUUACAGGAAGGCAUGUUGAUAUGCUUUGAGUCUUAAAGUGUCCCUUGUCUGAUGUCCGGGGGCGCGGAGUGGCUCCAGGCCGACGGUAUGCAAUAUUGGACUUUAAAGUUAGUAUUGGGCUGAGCCCAUCUGAUGUAUUCUCUUGAUUUAGGUAAAGAGACUUAGGGAUACGAAAUUUGUAAUAUAUAAUUGUGAAUAAAAUCUGCUUUAGCCA